AUAUAUGUCCGAGUCUACUCUGUAGGUCAUUCAAGCGAAACGAACAAGUCUUGAGUUACAGAUUUGUUAGUAUAAUAAGUAUAAAACAAAAAGCGAAGUCUAAAACUACGAGCCAAUCUACAGCAAAAAUGCCUCCAAUUGAAGGAUACGACAAUGCAAACGCUGUUGCUGCAAGAAAAAUGAAAACUCCCGAGGAGAAAAUCGCACACGAACUAGCGAAGGACUUUAUCGGUUACAAACUCGGGAAAGGAACUCGACUCAAUACGAAAUCUGCGCUUAUUCUGAGAAAGCUCAGUAACCAGAUCGAAAAUAAGCAUGAACUAUUCUUAAGGAACAUGUGUGAUCGCUUGGACAUUCGACAACACAAUGCUCCCGAGACAUUUAAGCAAGUAGCCGACGAGAUCUUUGGCGAUGGGAUAAAUUGGGGACGGAUAGUUGUUCUUUACACCUUCGCCGGAAAGGUUGCGAAAUACUGUCAGGAAAAUCAGCUAGACAACGCUGAAAACGUAGCGACUUGGGUUGGGAAUUAUGUUGCCUCUAAAUCUGACUGGGUCAAGAAAGCUGGAGGAUGGGAGGCUUUUAAUGAGCAAUUUAAGGAUGUCCAAGAGGAACAUGAAAAGUUCUGGUGGAAUAGUUUGCUGUGCACAACACUAGGCCUGGGAUCUCUAGCCGCUGUCCUCUACAUGAAGAGCUAAUCAGAAUAACAGGGAAGGAGGAAUGUGAAUGGCUCCCGCCAUAACAGGACUCAAGCAAGGCUGAUGUGGGGCAGUAACUUAUAGGCCUACACAUUCUUGGUGAUCCACUAUCCAAGAAAACCAAGUUAUAACAUCUUUAAAACACAAAGACUUGGUAUUUUAUGUGUAUCCAUACGGCCAAUGAGAAAAUGCAGAAUCAAUGACAUUAUGUAAACAUUUGCUUCCAAGAAGCCACCAUAAUAUACCAUGUAUGGCCUAAGGCCAGGGACUAGACAGACAGUAUAAGCCUGUCUUGCAACAGUUGAGGUGAAUCUUUCCUGCACAAAGGCAAACAUUAUUCCCAACUUGUUGUUCUUUCCUAAAUUCCAUAUAUUUUUGAAUCCGCAGUUUGUUUUUGUUGGGAGCAGUAGGUAUUGUUCCAGACUGAGUUUGUUUUGACAGUAACUGUGUCAUAUCUUUAAAGAAAAUAUUGAGCAGUUAUUGUUUCGAUAACCUUUGGCACCACAUUAUUCAAAUUCUUUUCAAUUCCUUAUUGACCUGUUGCCUUCUGCAAAGAAAAUUUCAUCUCAACUGACAUUGUGUUUCAAAUAUUAUUGUGUUAUAAAAAUAUAUUUAAGAGAUUAUAUCAAAUUUUGUACAAAAGUAAGAUAGAGGUUUUUAAAUAAAUAUUUUACCCUGCUAUAGUGCAUUGAGAGGAACAUUGCAGUUUGUCCAGUUCUGUUGAGAGUUGUGUUGUGUGCACUUCGUGCAAUAAAAUAUUCAAGUAAAACAUG